AUGGCACCGGCGUCGUCACGUCGCCGCCGGCGCUCUGACACCGACGAUUCCGAUAACGAUGACGAAACUCGUUACGAAAACCGAUCGCAUGCCCACGAUACUGGCUCCCCUAAGCGACCCAGACUUGAUCAUGAUGCGAGCCUUGAUGCUGCCGACCACGACACUCACGCGGGAGAAGUUAAUGGCACCUCGAGCGGAAACAACAUGGAUAAUGGGUUUCAACCAGGCGCUAUCGUCAGAGUCAGCGUCGAGAACUUCGUUACCUACGAGAAAGCCGAGUUUCUGCCCGGGCCUCAUCUCAACAUGGUCGUUGGCCCAAACGGCACAGGAAAGAGCUCUUUGGUUUGCGCUAUCUGUCUUGGUCUAGGCUACAGCCCCAAACACCUUGGACGUGCUGGCUCGGUCAAAGAGUUCGUCAAGCACGGAAAGGAUACUGCCACGAUUGAGAUCGAACUCUUCAAGCGACCCAAAGAUCGCAAGAACUUCGUCGUUAAGGUCCAGAUCAGACGAGAACAAAACAACCAGAAAUGGUGGCUGAACGGGAAGGAAUCAACACACAAGCACGUGCAGUUUCUAAUGCGCAAACUGAAAAUCCAGGUAGACAAUUUGUGCCAAUUUCUUCCGCAGGAUAGGGUUGUCGAAUUCGCUGCCUGCACACCCGUGGAUCUUUUGCGCGAAACUCUCCGUGCAGCUGCCCCAGAAGAAAUGUUGGACUGGCAGAAACAGCUUCAAGAUCUGGAUAAGGACAAGAAAGAAAUUGAGCAAUCUACCCAUGGCGACGUCGAGACUUUGAGGAAUUUAGAGAAUCGACAGCAGGGACUUCAAACAGAUGUGGAUAGGAUCCGAGAGCGUGAGGAAAUCAAAGAACAUGUCAAGAACCUCAAAUCGGCUUGCGUUUUUGCUCAAUAUUCCGAGGCUCGUUCAAGAUACAAAGACGCCAAAGAUCGAAAGAAACUCGCCGAAAGGUCUCUGAGGCGCCUAGAACACGAUGCUGGUCCAUCAUUAGAAGCGGUGAAUGCGAAGCAGCUCUAUGCGCAACGGAUCGACGAGGCAAUCUCAGCAAGAACGACCGCAUUGAAAGAAGCGGAAGACGUUACAAAGAAGCUGGUGCGCGACGCGAGUACCGCUUCUGAUAAUCUCAAAGAGUUCGAGAACGGACUUGUAACAGAGCGCAAAGGUUUUGAUGCCAAACGAAAAGAGCUGGCUCAGUCUAAGUCGAAGAUCACAGCUCUACAGGCCGAUCUUAGAAACCGCCCAGAAGAGUUUAAUCCUUCAGACUUCAAUCAAAAGAUUCGAGGAGAAGAACAUACUCUCAGAGAGUUAGAAGGAGAACAACGUGAAGUGUCUGGGCAGCGCGAGGAGAUUAAAAACAAAGGCAAAUCGCUCAACAACGAUAUUCGACAAGUGGAGAGCAAUAUCCAGUCCUUGGAAACUCAGCAGGGCCAGCAGCUCAACUUCAUGCGAAAACACUUUCCCGAGUUGGCAACGGCCUGGGACUGGAUUCAAGAGCAUCGGCAGGACUUCGAGAAGGAGGUUUUCGGUCCGCCAAUGAUCAGUUGCUCCAUCAAGGAUGAACGUUACUCGGACCAGGUACAGUCUCUCCUACAAGGAGAUGACUUUACAUGUUUUACGGCACAAACCAAAGGCGAUUACAAGAAAUUGUCGGACCAGUUGUACCGCGUCCAAAGUUUGUCGGUGGUUAUUCGAUCUUGCGCUCAACCACUCAGUGCCUUCCAAAGACCAGUCAGUGCAGAUGAAGCCAAGGGUCUGGGGCUUGACGGAUUUGCCAUCGACUUCCUUGAGGGCCCAGAGCCCGUUCUGGCCAUGCUCUGUGCUGAGAAAAGAAUUCAUCAGUCAGGCGUUUCUUUGAGGGACCACAACGAUGCCCAAUACGAUCAGCUAGUAAAAAGCGGCCGAGUCAACUCCUGGGCAGCUGGAAAGCAAUCCUUCAUAGUCAGACGACGUAAAGAGUAUGGACCUCAGGCGAUGACGGCCGUUACCAAAAGCAUCCCACCAGGAAGGUUCUGGACAUCACAGCCCAUCGAUGGACAAGAGAAGCAGGAGCUGAACAAGCGAUUGACGGAGUUGAACGGCGAGAGAGACAUUCUCAAAGAGCAAUAUCACGAGCUGCAUGGCAAAGUCCAGACCAUCGAGGAUAAGAAGGCCACCAUCCACGAUACCAUUAAACAACUGAAAGCAGAGAAGAAUACCCUUCAAAAGGAAUACCAGAAAUGGCAGACUCUGCCUGAAAAGAUUGAAUCUGAGGAGCGUUCGAAGACAGCUCAUGAGCAGUCUUUAAGGGAUGCCCGCAAAAGAAUGGUCGAAAUCCGAUACGAAUGGGAUGAAGCAGUUCUCCGACGAGCUGAGCUUGUUCUUCGCCACAAAGAGGCGAUUGAAAAGCUUCGGAAGGCACGCCAGGCUCUCCUCGAGGCGGAAAUUCGCGGAAUCGAGGCUCACUCUGACGUUGUUGGGCUGAAAGGGCGAAAUUCGCAUAUUAUGCAACGCCUUGACGCUGAGAAGGAGACGCUGCGCCAAGCCACGGAAGAUGCCAGUCGAGCCCGAGAAGAAGGCAACCGUCUUUCUGAAUCUGCGCAACAAGUCAUCGACCGGGAGCCAGAGAAGCGUGACCUCUUCUCUGAGCUUUGCGAGGGAAGAGCAUCUGGCGAGAUACAGGAAGAAAUCGGAGCAGAGGAAGCCAAGCUAGAGUGCAUACACGUCCCCAAUCCUAAUGUGCUAAAGGAGUUCGAGAAGCGUGCCGAGGAGAUUGCUCGACUUUCUCGGAAACUGGCGGGAUCUACCGAAAAGCUUGAGGGCUUAACUGGAGAAAUUCAAGACUUGAGAUCGAAAUGGGAACCGCGGCUCGACGAGCUGGUUUCGAAAAUCAGCGACGCCUUUGCAUACAACUUCGAACAGAUCAGCUGUGCAGGCGAGGUUCGUGUACACAAGCCAGACGAUUUUGACGCCUGGGCUUUGGACAUCAUGGUUCGUUUUCGGUAUGGCUCUCCCCUUUCUUCGCUUCUCUACAACGCCCAACUAACACUUUCCAGCGAAAACGAAACUCUUCAGCAGCUUACUGCACAUCGCCAAUCCGGUGGCGAGCGCGCUGUUUCCACCAUCUUUUUCCUCAUGGCCCUUCAGUCUCUAGCUCAGUCACCAUUCCGUGUCGUUGAUGAGAUCAACCAAGGUAUGGACCCUCGCAACGAGCGAAUGGUGCACGAGCGAAUGGUCGAAAUUGCAUGCCGCGAGCAUUCAAGCCAAUACUUCCUCAUUACACCAAAGCUCUUGACAGGCCUCAGAUACGACCCCAAGAUGCGUGUACUCUGCAUUGCAAGUGGCGAGCACAUGCCUCGCGAGGGUCGCAAGCUCGACUUCAAGCGAUGCCUCAGGAUACAGAAGGGGCUUAUGACCGCUUCUGCGUGA